GAUCCCGCCUUGCCAGCCAUGCUACGGGAAGAUGGACAGCUCAGGAGACGAAAGGGUGGAGAGCACAGCCAGGCAUGUGGAGCUGUGGCUGGAUCAACUUUCAAAGCCUGAGCACAAGCUCCUCAUCCGCAAGGUGAGGGUGACCUGGAGUGCGGAGACAUUUUACAGCCCAGAGCGGGAGCUUGCCUGGGAAGCAUGGAUCACACUGUCAUCCACGACCAGGGUGCCCAACAAAGCUAGCUCCUUCAAGCACGUGCUGGGCAACAGCCCACUUCUGAAGCGCGGCGCUUUUCCAGUUUUCAUCAACGCCAUGGCUCGGAAGGACUUCCGCAACUGGAAGGUGCCGCUAAGCUUCCAUGGUGCUGGAGGCUCCAACAACGCCUUGUCCAUUGAGCAGCUGCAGUGGUUCAGCGGCUCUGUCAUCGACAUGUUUCUUCUUGACGACCAGCCUGGAACAAGUGUGGUGGACUUGAACUGCCUCAGUGACCGCGGGCUUCCUCAAGUCGGGUACUGUGGAAUAGUGUGGAUCCAAGAGAAAGCACUGGUGAGGAAUGUCAUCCUGGAGAAUGUCACCACAUCCCUCUCUAACAUGUACAAGGAAAAGCUCCGACAGAAGACGCUGCUCUUGGAGACGGGGGUCGUCAUCCCGGAGGCAGAGAAGCUCAAUGGCAUCUCCAUCACAGACUCCAGCAGUCAAGGGAUCCAGUGGUCCAGCCUUCAAAAGGCCCACAACGACAAGUUCCCCAGUGGUGCGGCCUACAGCCCUGCCAGCAACAAGAGGGGCCCAGAGUGCAGCACCGAGGAGCUGCAGAAGCAGACCAAGCCUGCAAUGGACCUCAAGCCAGCUCAGCCUCCAGAUGGCCUGCUGAGCACUGGAGUUGCCACGGACGACUUCCAGCUGAUCUUGGCACCCGAUGGCUCUCUUUACGUCAAAGCCCUCAAGGACUCCUGCUUGGAAAGCAGUGCAGCACUGUUCCUGUGCAAAGGCACGUACAAAACUGGAGCAACCGCCAAGGCAGAGAAGGGCAAGCCUGGCUCCGCCUUCAUUCCCUCCGAGAUGAGCCAGGACACCUUGGUGGUUGUGGACGUGGGUGGCGCCCGCUGUCCGAACGGUGCUCCUCCCAGCUUUCCAGUGCCUCUUGAAGCUGCCUUGCAAUGGUUUGCCGGCGCGCGUCUUCAGGUCGGUGCAAUUUUCAAGGACAAGGUCUUCGAGGUCGAGGGCAAGUUCAAGGUAGCUGCCACAGAUGAUGUCAUCUACCAGCUGGAUGUGAGCCGCAAAGAUAUGGACCCAAAGGCAGUGAUUGCAAAGGAAGCACUGUCCAGCUACGUUGACUAUAGCAAGCUCACCCAUCUCCAGGCAAUCCAGCGG